ACUAACUAAAAACUUUUUAGACGUUUUAAGCAGAUAAAGUAAAACAUAUUAAGAUUGUUUGUGAUCAUAACGUUUUUUUUAAAGUCAUUUUAUAUCAACUAUAUGAAAAUGAAAACUUUGGUGCUAUUGGUAACUUUAGGAUUAACUGCUAACAUUGCUUUUGGUAUAAAGUGCCGCAAAGGUGAAAUAAAGUGCUAUAAAAAAGAAAGAAAAAAUCCUCAAUCAACAAUUAGUGAAGAUUUUCAAAAAAGUAGUGAAAUUCAAAAAAUUAAGCAGGAUGAACACAAAGGAUUCAAAGAUCAUAAAUAUUUCGCCAAGACUAAGAAAUUUCCAAAAUUUGAAAAAUUUUAUACUACAGAAAAAUAUAAUAAGAAAAACAUCUUCAACAACAACCCUCAGUUAACUGAAAGACCUCAUGUAAAAGAUUUUCAUCACAGUCAUUAUACUAAAGAGGCUAGUUCAAGCAACCGUCAGCGCAUAAAUGAUAAUGAGCAGAAAUUGAAAUCUGUGGAUAUAAAUGCAAACAUAGAAGAAGAAAGAAUUAACAAUGAAAUAUCUCUUCUUGAAAGUCCAGCAUUUCAUCAGGGAAAAUUUUUUAAAAUUUCACCCUUUUUUCGUGAACAUAGUGUAUGGGCAGGAGAAACUGAUUCUGAUAAGGUUGUAACAAAUGAAUGGAAAAGAGGUGAUGCAAAUGAAUGGAAAAGAGACGAUGUAAAUGUUGCAUUGAAAAUAGAUGAUAAAAGUGAAGAUUUAGUUCAUGAAAAACUGACAUCAGGUCUAACAUCAGCAAGAAAAAUGAUGUUACAACUUCCACCAUUUGUUUCUCUUAUGCAGAACCCAAUUUUUGGCUCAAGUUCACAUGCAGAAUCAAUUACAGAAGCAUUUAAAAAAAUUAAUGAAAAAAAUAAAUCUCUUUGGAAAACAUUUGAUGGAGCUUCCGACAUUUUUGACAAUUUUAAUAUUUCUAAAGGAAUAUUUGAUAACUUAGAAUCGUCAACAGAAAUCUUCAAUAAUUUUGAAAAUUUUACAAAAAGCAUUCAUCAAGUUAGUGACAGGUUUUCAAAGAUGUUUUCAAAAUUGGCUAAAACUCACAAUAAAAUGGAUAAAUAUCUCCAAAAAAAUGUAAAAAAAUGCAGCCGUUUAAAAAUCCUAUCAAAUGAAUCAUUUGCAGAUUUUAAUGCUGGUUGUGUGGUGUGCAAAGCAAUAACUUCUAUAAUAUACUUUCAAGUAAAGUUUGCUAACGCUACAAUUGAAAUAAUAGAAAAAGCGGUACAAAAAAUAUGUAAUGUUUUCCCUUACGCAAAAGAUGAAUGUGAUUUUUUCUUGAAACAUAUCGAUCAAGUGGUUCAGCUUAUUUUAAAAGGAUUAUCUCCACAAAAAAUUUGCGAAGAGUUGAAGUAUUGCAAUGAAACAUUCUCUGAAGGAAAAUUUCUUUGUGAAGAUGGAGUCAUUGAGACCAAAAAGAACAAAGAAGGAGGAAAAUUCGUAUCUAGGAUAACCUCAUGGAUAAGUUCAGAUGGUUUUGGUUGUUCAACUUGUAAAUUUGUUAGCAAAGCAAUACAUAUUGUCAUGGAAUCAGCAAAUUCUACCAACGAAAUGAUCACACAACUAAUAAAUGAUACGUGUUCUUUAUUCUCAAAUGCAUUAGAAACAUGCGAUCAUUACGUAACAAAAGGAGGAGAAUUGGUCGAAUUAAUUAGAAGCCAAACAAAACCUGUUGAUGCUUGUAAAAAAAUAAUGAAAUGCAACAGCGACAUGGCAUAUAACAUUUUUCAGAGCGUGAUAUCAGCGUCUGAGGAAGUCAAAAACAUAAAAAGUAAAGACUCGUCUGAAUCAUCCGAAACCGAAACUGCCAUUGAUAUCGAGAAAGUUGACGAGUUAAAUAAGAUUGAAGAGCCGUUAGUAAAAUCAGACUCACAGAGCGAAAAUAGUUGGGGUGCAUAUGCUGCCAGUCCUUCUGAGUAAUUUUUAUGUUUUGUUUUAUCGUUUUUUAUUAAGUCACAAAUAUUAAGUUCUUAUUGUUAUUGUAAUCUUAUGUAACUAUGGAUAAAUAAGUUUUUGUAAA